UGAGAACAAGUAGCAUCAAAGCCAAAUUCCAAAAGAAAAAAAAAUAAUCCAUAUUUUUCAUAGAACUAUAGAAGUAUCAUUGAGUGACAUAAGAAAAACAAAAUUAAAAGUGAAGAAAAAAAAAUACUAAAAAACAUUCAAUAGUCACUCCAAAUUCCUCUCUCUUUCCCCUGACCCUAAAUUUUCUAACCCUACAAUUCUUCAACCAAUGAAUCAUUGAUCCAAUUGCAGAUUGAGUUCGAAACGAAGGAGAACAAGUUCAUAUUUUUACAGAACUAUCAAAGAACAAGUCGUGGGAAUUGAAUCAGCAUACUGAUUUUGAAGAUCUAACAUUUGAGAAAUGUUGAAUCUCCAACUUUCACGAUUUUCGGCGAUAUUUUCACUCGAAAUUGUUGGUAAAUUCCUUUCUUUCAUUUUCGUUUUCGAGUAAUCAUGAAGUUCAUUAAUGUUGAAUGGCUAUACAUUAAAAUUUGAAAACUCUGAUUAGUUAUGUGCUGGGGUUUUAUUGCUUUUUGGUGGAAUCUGUGAUUUUUAUUGGAGAUUUGCGAUUUUGAGGAAUAUUUGCACAGUGGCUAUCAUUAUAAGGUUAAAUUUUGCUACGUUUUGUUUGAUUUGAGUUGCGGUGCCGUUUUCGUCCAUGGAUGAAGCUUUGGUUGGUUCUUUUGUGAUGAGGUUUAGCUGAGAAUGUCUAGCUUGUGUUAUUUGCUAAGUGACUUCGGUCUUUGGGAAUUGGUAACUUGUGUUGGUAACUAGUGCUAUGACACCAUAUGUAUAUCUUUGGGCAGCGUAGGGUUUAGACUUUAGCGAUCAGUGAAUGAGCAUGUGAAAAUGAAUAUUGUUUCCUAAUUUACGCUAAUGGACUUACAAGUUCGGAGAUUACCACAACAAGAAUGCCAAUGGCUCAAUACUAAAGGAGGGGUUGGGCUACUUGAACCACGAGUGCUUUUGGGUUCAUGCUCAUUUAGGUUGCAUUGUUGCAAAAGGUUCCCCCUCCACUUGUGGGUGACAGAGCACUCAUAGAUGGUGUUUAUAGCUCCCUUUGAAGGAGUUGAAGCUCAACUUUACUUUUGCUGGCUCGUGUUUAGAUAAGUUCUAGCACACCCCUUAGUUCUUUUUGAGGAGAUGGUCAGUGAAUGGGAAAAGUUGAAAGGCUUUCGAAUGUUUUGUUGCUCUUUCAUACUGAUGCUGUUGCCUUGAUUCUGAGUUUAGUGCUUCUGAAUUCAUUGUAGAAGUUUAGUGACCCUGCCUGGAUCUGAGGAUAAACGUAAAUGUACGGGAGAGCUGGUCUUGACAGAUUUAAGAAGGCUCAGACUCUUGAGCCAUUUUCUGUCGCUUCCAAAACAUCUUCUUUGCCGUCUUCUAAAGCCGUAAUCAGUCCUUAUCAGCAGAAACUAACCCUACAUGGACACACGGAGUCUCGACCCCCUCCUUUCCAGAAACCAGCUUCAGAUGCAGAUGCUUCUGUGCCCUCCACUACCACUUCUCAUGUUACCCAGGUUGGUGGCGGCCAAUCUACCUGGCAGCCGCCAGAUUGGGCUAUUGAGCCUCGCUCUGGUGUAUAUUAUCUUGAAGUUUUGAAAGACGGUGAAGUCCUUGGCCAGAUUAAUCUCGACAGAAGGAGGCAUAUUUUUGGCAGGCAGGUCCCGGCUUGUGAUUUUGUACUCGAUCAUCAAUCUGUUUCACGUCAGCAUGCUGUUGUUGUUCCACAUAAAAAUGGAAGCAUAUUUGUCAUAGAUUUGGGAUCUGCUCAUGGUACAUUUGUGGCAAAUGAGAGACUGACAAAAGAUAAUCCCGUUGAACUUGAAGUAGGACAAUCUCUGCGAUUUGCUGCUUCUACAAGAACAUAUAUAUUGAGAAAGCAUGAUACUAUUCCUAUGCCCACUGAGAUCAAGUUGCCACCACCCCCUGACCCUUCAGAUGAGGAAGCUGUUGUUGCUUACAAUACACUACUAAACCGUUAUGGCAUAAGCGAAUCAGACCUAAACAGAUCUACAAGUGUGUUUGCUACUUCAAACGCCAAAGAUGAUUACCAACUACCACUGAGGCCAGCUAAGAGAAUGAAGAAAACAAGAGUUGCCUUCCGCGAUCAAAUUGGAGGUGAAUUAGUUGAAGUCGUUGGCUUUUCUGAUGGUGCUGAUGUGGAAACAGAACCAGGUCCUCAUGGCUUAAAGGAAGGAAGUCUUGUUGGCAAAUAUGAGUCACUAGUUCAAAUCACUGUGAUUCCGAAAGGGAAAGAACAGGUCUCUGUCAAGGAAGAUGAUCCUUCCCCAAAAGGUGUUACUGACAAACUACAAGAAAUUUUGAACAAGGUUAAAAAACCUAACACUUUAAAAAGUGGUAUCUAUGAUGACUUAUAUGGAGAGUCCUCUGGAAAGGUGGGCUCAUCAUGGGCAAUCUCUUCUGAAAGUGCUGUUGGCAAAGAAUCUGCUCCUUCAAACAGCAAUGGGUUAAAAGAUGUUUUAUCCCAUGUUGAUUCAGGAAGAAAUACGGUUCUUGAUGCUGCUGAUGAUGAUGAGGAUUUAUUCGGCGACUGAUUUUGGUAAUUUGAAAAUCUUUUGAGUUUUGACUCCCUUUUCUUUUUAAAAAAAGGCCUCUUUUGAUGGGUAGCAACUGUUAUUGAACUUCAAGCUUGAGACGCGUAGCUUUUGGUUGGGACAGUGCUCCUCAAUAUCAUGAGGAAACGUCGUAUUUUCUUACCAGCAUCUUUAGUGCAAUGUUGUCAUCUGUGCGAGACUAAACAUUUCAACUUGAAGCUUUUAUGUUUCAGUAACUUAUUUGAUACAUAACAGUUUAGAUUUUUAUGAUUAUAUUGUUAAGUAGUCCAUGUGUAUUGUCUUCAUUGAUGCUUUAUAGCACUGUAUUGAAUCACCUUCAACAUUUUGGCCUGCUGUAUUUUGUUUCACUAUUAACUUUUCUUGUACAGUGACAUGAGUUCCUGGUUGAACUAGCCAAGUUUGUGUGGUAUGCAACAUACUUCUCAACUUUAUUUUU